AUGAAGUUCAUCAUUACAGCUCUUCUCUUCAUUACUCUUCCCACGAGGAGUGUUCAUUCCUAUGGUUACAUGGACACAUGUGGGGAUCAAUCCAAAUGCUUGAGCGUCACAGUUACUGGAAUUCAGAGCGAAUGUGAUUCUGGCAGCUGCGAAUAUGAAGUCUGCUGGCGUCAAAUGGCAGGAGGCGUCAAUGGCUGCAUGAAAUGGGGAGACGUCGAAUACUUGGGGGAUAUGAAUCGUUACCGAGACAAGACCAUUCAUGAAGGUGGUUGCUUGAAUGAAGAAAAUAAAGAUGGACACGGAUAUUGGGACAAUGAGUGUCAAGAUCCGACCAAUGUUUACUCCUCUGGACGUGGAUCUUACUCCAUCUUCAAAAAGGUUUGCCAAAUUGUUCCCCCAGGACACACCGCUCAUCUAUUGAUUUACGAUGGAGAUUCCUGUGAUGUCCCCUAUGCCGACGAAGGUGUCACGGAUCAAAUCACCUCAGGCAAUGUCCAAGUUCCAGUCUAUUGUGCUCCGUCUACUCAAGAUAUGGACAUGACCAAUCCUGGAGGACAAACCUACUUUCCAAAUGCCAACGACCCAGAAGGUGGAGGUACUUGUUCUGCCAAGCGAGAAGGAGAAGAGUGUGUGUGGUCAUUAACGGUUCCUUCCUCUUGCUCCUUUGAAGAGACGAUUUGUGCGGAAGAUGACAAUCAAAACUCGGAUGAACUCUGCGAAGGCUCCGACUUUGAUGUUUUGGAAUAUUACGAAAACAAAAAUAAUGGUCCUCCACCCAAGGAUGCCAUUCACGAUAUCACUCUCAAUGGUGAUGGAACUGUUUCCUUCCGAGCGAUGAAUCCGUAUGGAGAAGAAUUCCACGACGUUUACGCUGUCUACCCCAAACCGGGUGAUUAUGGCAACUGGAAUGAAGCUUGUGCCAAGGAACAAGCUGCCUCGCAAUGUACCAACGAUGUCGUCUUGACAGCUCAAUGUUUGCACGCAGACCAAAAGUUUACUCUUGUCACUGUCUUUGUGGCGGGAUACACGGAUCAAGCUUCCGCGGCCGUCAACAUCAAUGCCAACUCGGAAGGAAAUACCAUUUUCCCGUGCUGUCCGAUGGACAAUGAGCCCAUUAAUCAAAUUCAAAAAGACCACGUUUCGGCCUUUACCUAUUUGAUUCAUUGCGGCUGUGAAGAGGAAGAAGAUGUCGACCCAGACAGGAGGCUACUUCGUGUAGCCAGUGGAACACGAGAAGAAAUGUAUGCUUCCAGAGAUGCCAUCAACAUGGCCUUUCAUUCGGGAGAUCUCUUCUUUGAUGAUCAACUCAAGGAAUUGCAUGGAUUGAAUUAG